UAUCAACAACGACUAUCUCUACUAUCUCUCCAUGUCUAGCAAACAAAAACAUGUAACGUCUAAUAUGUACUAUCAUCUAUUCUUAUAUGUACCAAAAUAUAUAUUAUUUACAAGGUGUCAUUCCUAUUAAUCUAGUGAUCUUGAGAAUAAGGUAAUGUCUGAUUCAGACGUACAUUUAUUGAAUAGGAUACAUUUGCUGUUAAUUAUCAUGGCAAUGGCUCGACUUGUGCCUUAUACAAUAUCCGACAUAGUUUGUAUGUGUCAUGGCAUGUCAUUUGACUUUGGCAGCAAUAAUUGUUCUAUUCCAUCAAGAAGAGACAUGAGUGGGUUAUUACCCCAACUCGUACCUGAGCUACUUCUUAUAAACCUUACAUAUAUAGAAGCUGAAAAGUAACUUAUGUAUACAUUGAAAAAAAUAACAAAAAAAUUGAUCCACUUCUUCGCGUUUGACCAGUUCUGU